CCUCCUCAUCGCUAGUCAUCUCUGCGCUUCCUCCUCCCCUCGUUCCAAAAAUAUAUAUAUACAAAACCAUAGCGUUUCGCAUUUCACGUGGCCCAGCGAAGUACCCAAUUUUAAUAACCGUUUUGCCGACGAUCGCGAGUUUUAAACAUUGUGAAUGCUAAAUAUUCAUAAGCGUCACGAGAUUUGGAUCUGGAUUUCCGAUGGGCUUUCGAUCUGUCAUCUGCCAUCAGAUCAGAUCAGAUCGGAUCCGAUCGGCCUGGCUUGGAGACAGUAUAUAGAUGAUAUAGUCCGCUGUCGCAGUCGACGUCGCUGUCCACCGCAGCUGGGUUAACUAGUUUCGAGUUUUGCAAAAUUUGCCGCGCAUUAAUCCGGGCCUUAAGUCACAGUGGAUAUCGGUUAGAAAUGCCAUCGCCGCUGAUGUUGCCAGCGUCGCCGCCGUUGUCGCUCUAACUGCGAACGGUCCGCCGACCGCUGAACCGCUGAACCGCUGAUCCGCUGUACCGCUCACCUGUCGAUUGCCGAUAGUCGUUUUCCACAUAUCAGGCGCCCGAGGAAAGGGGGAUCGCGGGCAAAAUGUCGUCACAGCAACAUGAGGCAACAACAGCGCAGCAUCUCGAGAAACCGCUGAACAACGGCUACCUGCAGGCGAAUGUGCCGCUGGAGGAGCUGAGCUCCACGGUGGUGUCGCCGCUUUUGGGGCAGCAACAGGUGCCACAUCAGGUGCAGCAGCAGCAGCAGCAGCAGCAGCAACAACAGCAGCAGAACAAGCUGCCCACCGUCGUUUUCCUGGCGCCCGACGGCAGCGGGGGCGUGGGAAUCCAGCGUGGGAACCCGACGCAGGGGAAUCCCGGCGGGGGAACCGCAGGGGUGGGGGGCCACAGCGACUGGCUGCUCAAGGAGUCACAGCAGCGGCGCCGCCUGCUCGUCCUGGCCAUCGCCUUCACCGUCCUGGGAGCGGCCAUCGGGGCCCUGGCCAUCUACUUCGCCAGCGUCCACCAGCGAUGCCAACUUUACCGCCUGGAACCAGGCAACGAUGACAGACCGAAUGGCAGGUGGAACCAGAAUUCAGGAUCCGCCCACGAGGGAACGGAGAACAUUUGCAUGACCCAGGAGUGCGUGAGAACAGCGGCCUCCCUGCUCUCGGCCAUGGACACGAACUCCGAUCCCUGCGAGGACUUUUUCCAGUACGCCUGCGGCACGUGGAACAAGAUGCAUCCCAUUCCCGAGGACCGCAGCUCCAUCAGCACCUUCGAGGUCCUGUCCGAUCAGCAGCAGGUCAUCCUGCGCGCCGUGCUCGAGGAACCCAUCGACGAACGCGACAACAGGGCCACCAUCAAGGCCAAAACCUUCUUCAAGAGCUGCAUGGAUAUACCUCAAAUCCGGAAGAUCGGCACUGGGCGGCUGAGGGAGGUGCUGAAGUCCCUGGGCGGCUGGCCGGUCAUCGAGCGGGACUGGAGGGCGCCGGCGGAUCUGUCCGUGGAGCGGCUGAUGGGCCAGCUGCGGCUCAACUACAGCGAGCCGGUGAUGAUCGAGCUCUACGUGGGCGCCGACGACAAGAACAGCUCGGUGAACAUCCUGCAGAUGGACCAGCUGCAGUACGCCCUGCCCUCGAGGGACUACUACCUGAAGGAGAGCAGUGCCAACGAUCGCCGGGCCUAUCACCGGUACAUGACGCAGGUGGCCCUGCUCCUGGGUGCGGAUCCGGCCACCGCCGCCGACGAGCUGGAGAAGGUGGUGCUGUUCGAGACGCAGCUGGUGAAUGUGUCGCUGCCGGAGGCGGAUCGUCACGACACGAGCCUGGUCUAUCGCAAGAUGUCGCUGCCGGAGCUGCAGGAGCUGGUGCCCGAGGUGCAGUGGAAGGAGUACCUGCAGGCAGCCCUGGGCCCGGGGAUUCCCCUGCAGGAGGACGAGCCGGUGGUCACCUACGGCCUGCAGUAUCUCACCGAAAUGGGCCGGAUCCUGGCCCGCAACGAUCGCCGCGUGGUGCACAACUACAUGCUGUGGCGCCUGGUCAUGUCCCUGAUGUCGCACAUGAUCGACGAGUAUCAGCGGGAGCGGGUGGAGUUCCGCAAGAUCCUUAUGGGCAUCCAGUCGGAGCGGACACGCUGGUCGCAGUGCGUCGAGUGGACCAACAAGAAGCUGGGCGUGGCCGUGGGAGCCCUGUUCAUCCGGGACAACUUCAAUCAGGAGAGCAAGGAGGUGGCCCUCGAGAUGAUCCACACCAUUCGGGCGGCCUUUAACGAACUGCUGGCCGAGAACGAUUGGAUGGACGACGAGACGAGGGCGGUGGCCAAGGAGAAGGCGGACUCCAUGAACGAGCGGAUCGGCUAUCCGGAGCUGCUGACCAACGCCACCGAGUUGGAGCAGGAGUAUGUGAAUCUAACCAUUGUCCCGGACAACUUCAUCAACAAUGUCCUUAGCAUCCUGCAAUGGGAAUCGGAGAAAAUGCUGCGCCUCCUUCGCCAGCCAGUGGACAAGGAAAAGUGGACCACCGAACCGGCGGUGGUGAAUGCCUUCUACAAUCCGAAUAAAAACGAUAUAGUAUUUCCCGCUGGCAUCCUGCAGCCUCUGUUCUACAGUCAGCACUUCCCCAAGUCCCUGAACUACGGCGGAAUCGGUGUGGUCAUUGGUCACGAGAUCACCCACGGAUUCGAUGACAAGGGGCGGCAGUUUGACAAGGAGGGCAACAUGAUGCAGUGGUGGAACAAUGCCACCAUCGAGGCUUUUCGGGAACGGACGCAGUGCGUCAUCGAUCAGUACUCGCGGUACAAGAUCAACGAGGUGGACAUGUUCAUGGACGGACGGAUGACGCAGGGCGAGAAUAUCGCCGAUAACGGCGGCCUCAAGCAGGCUUUUCGGGCCUACAAGAAAUGGGAGACAUUGCACGGGCGGGAGCAGCUGUUGCCCGGCUUGAACAUGACCCACGACCAGCUGUUCUUUCUCAACUACGCCCAAAUCUGGUGUGGAUCGAUGCGGCCGGAGGACGCUCUGACCAAGAUCCGGUCUGCGGUCCACUCGCCGGGAUUCGUCCGUGUCCUGGGGCCACUUUCGAAUUCGCGCGACUUCGCCAGCGCCUACAAUUGCCCUUUGGGCAGCACAAUGAAUCCGGCGGAAAAGUGCAGCGUGUGGUAGUCCGCCGUUAUCGUCGAUGUUUUUUUUAUAUAUUUAUAUCGCAUACUAUAUAGUAUAUACAUACCUAUAUACACAAUACGAGUACUGUAGAUCACCUGCGGCAUCAAGCAACUUCGAUGAAAUGCGAUGAGUUUGAGGAUCGUCUGCUAUGUUCCAAUUUUUUGUGUAGUUUCCUGUUUUUUUUUCUGUUUGUUCUAGCGCAGUAAUGCAUAUAUGUAUGUACUUCAUACCUGGCUAUAAAGAUUUAUAGUGUGUUUGUAGCUGUACACGAGUGAGGUUGUCGGAGUAGCCCACAAAAGCCCUGGAACCGCACUUUUCGCAACUCUUUACCGGCAUUAUAUUCGUGAAUAAAGAACAAGUACGGAAAA